UCAACAUCAGAAGCCAGUAAACCAGUAAACCAGAAAACUGCCACAAUCGAUACAAAGUGCAACCAUUACUUAUAUGGCUUUUCAUAUUGUGCAGUCUAAUCCAAUAAUUAGCAUUAUCGAUUUAAGAUUAGUAAACUAAAAAUAAAAUUUUGAAAAUAAAUUAACUUUAAAUACAAGAAUGUCCUCAAUAUGUAGUUCUGCCCUAAAACGCGAUUAGGGAAACAAUAAAAGUAAAGUGAAUAAAGUGCAGUCAUUUCUAUCUCAAAUUUACUAUUGAAAAUAGUUGGAAAUAAUUUAACAAAGUGGAUUAACGUUCCAAAAUAAACAAAGACGCUUUUCUUAUCAAAAAUAAUUAUCAAAAUUUGCACCCAACACCUGCUGUGCUCAAGAUAAUUAGUAAUUAUAAUAAAUAAUUUUGAAAGAGUUAAUCUAUUACUGCAGAUAUAAAAAAUGAAUCCAACAUCGAAGAAUGAGCAACCAACCAUACGUCCACUUUCCCCAAUGCUGCAGGAAAUAGCCAUAAAGGAACUCAAUGAGGUGCCUCACAGAUUACAUGAAGAUAUAUUAAGCCUACGUAAAUGGAUUUAUAGUCAGCCACAUUUACGUGCACGAACCAAUGAUCAAUUUUUGUUAAGUUUUCUACGAGGAUCCAAAUUUAGUUUGGAAAAAGCAAAGCAAAAAAUUGAUAGAUAUUAUUCUCUUAAAGCAGCUAUACCAGAAAUUUUUAAUGAACAUCGUAAUGUAGAUGAUAAAAUAGUUAUGGAUAUAAUACGUGCAGGUAUUAUACUACAAAUACCAUUAGCCGCUGAUGAUACAAGGCCUUGCAUUACCAUUAUACGUGCCGGUUCCUAUGAUACUAAGAUAUUUAAAUUUGCUGAUAUUAUACGUGUGGGUACAAUGUUUGGUGAAAUUUUAAUGAUCGAAGAUGAUAAUGCCUCUGUCAGCGGUUAUAUAGAGAUAAUGGAUAUGAAUAAUGUUACUGCCGCGCAUUUUUUUCAGUUAAAACCGGACCUAUUGCGUAAGUUUUCAGUAUUCGCUGACGAGGCAAUGCCUACUAGACAACGAGGUACACACUUUAUCAAUGUUCCUCCACCAUUCGAAAAAGGUUUUAGCACUUUGAAGAAUUUCUUUCCAGCUAAAAUGUUGAGUAGAAUAUCUGUUAGUUCUGAUUCCGAAGCAAUUUUUAAUUUUGUUCCUCGCAACUAUUUACCCAUUGAAUAUGGUGGCGAAAAUGGUACUAUGCAGGACAUAAUUAAUAAUAUGGAAGAGAAAAUAAUGAAAUAUCGUGAAUACUUUUUGGACGACUCCAAAUAUGGUACCGAUGAAAAAUUGCGCGAAGGCACACCAAUUAAUUAUGAAAGCUAUUUCGGUAUUGAAGGAUCCUUUAGAAAAUUAGACAUAGAUUACAGAUUGUGGAACCAGUGCAUUGAUAAUAUGGAACAAACUGCAAAUAAUAAACAAAACAAGAAUAAAAUUAGGAACAAGCUACUUAUUAAAACAUCUAUGAAUUUGCGUAAACCACCACUUGCACUGCAAAAAAUUGCUGAAGAAAAAUUGAACGAAAAUUGGGCAAAGAUUCCAGACGAGAUUAGGGACCUACGUAUAUGGAAUGCCAAUAAUGAAUUUAUAAGGGCACGAUGUGACGAACAAUUUUUAUUGUGUUUUUUACGUAGCGCUCAACAUAAUAUGGAAUUAGCUGAAACUAAAUUAAAAUCCUUCUACCGUUUACGUGAUAAGUAUCCAGCUUGUCUACGAGCUCCCUCAUUCAAAGAUCCAAAAUUUAAAGAAUUUUUAGAACAGGGUAUUGUACUGUUUUUGCCGAAACCAAUUGCAGAAGAUGGACCGAUGAUCAUUUUGCUACGCCUCUCCUUAUUUUCAGUUGAGAGACAUACAUUUUCAGAAGUAAUGCAGAAUCUGCACCUAAUGCAGGAAUUACUCAUGUUGGAGGAGGACAAUACGACUAUAAGUGGCGUUAUCUAUCUAAUAGACUGCGAAAAUAUUACUUUAAAAAAUUUAUAUAAUCUUUUCUAUGUGGAUAAGUUAAUAAAUAUCUUUACGGAUGGCCUUCCACUUCCUGUACAAUCGGUGCAUUUUAUACAUGAACCUCAUCUUCUUGAUGUUGCUAUUAACAUAAUUAAAUUCAUGUUCAAAAAACAAAUACCUAAUACUACUGCAGACCGUUUAAAAUAUUUUUUAACAAAAAUAUAUAAAAGUGUAACUAUGGCCCUACGACAACUACCAGAUUAUUUACAAAAAACUGCAAUCGAAGAAUUAAAUGAAGUACCAGAAAGAAUACCUGCAGAUAUCGAGGCGUUGAAAACAUGGAUACAGCAACAGCCACAUCUAACCGCUCGUACUGAUGAACAAUUUUUGAUUGCUUUCCUUCGAGGAUGUAAAUAUAGUUUAGAAAAGGCUAAAUCAAAAAUAGAUAAAUUUUAUACUCUACGUACACAAGUUCCAGAAAUGUUUGGAGUUAAAUCUUUUGAUAUGAAUAAAAUAAUUGAAGUGCUAAAAUUAGGCGCAAUUUUAUACCUACCAAUACCGUUAAAUGAUAAUGGACCACGUCUAGGUAUAAUGCGUAUGGGUGCUUAUUCUGCGGAUGAAUACAAUUUUAUUGACAUAUUGCAUGUUGGUCAGAUACUACAAGAAAUAACCCUGCUUGAAGAUGAUUAUGCAAAUGUAAAUGGUAUAGUGCAUAUCAUGGAUUUAGCAAACGUAACAAAGGGCCACUUAUUUCAAAUGACUCCAGGAACAAUGAAGAAAAUGACUGUAUGGACAGAACAAGCGUUACCACUACGACCAAAAGCAAACCACUUUGUUAAUACACCAACAGGAUUUGAUGUUGUUUUUAAUAUGGUUAAACCAAUGUUGUCUCAAAAACAACAGGAUAGGCUUCACGUGCACGGCAAUAAUAUGGAUUCUCUGCAUGCACAAAUACCAAAAAAAUAUCUACCCAAAGAAUAUGGUGGAGAAAAUGGAUCGUUACAAGACGUUAUUGAUAAUUGGGUAAAGCGUUUGGAAUCAUAUCGAGAUUAUUAUAUCGAAGAGAAAAACUAUGGCACUGAUGAGAAGUUACGACCAGGCAAACCUAUAGAUUUUGAAGGUCUUUUAGGAAUCGAUGGAUCCUUUAGAAAAUUAAAUGUUGACUAAACUAGAGUUAAU